AUUCUUUUCCACAGCAUGUUGCCAAAUCUAUUGCGUCUGCGGAUCCAAAACUCUUCACUUGACACAUGAUAGAAGGGGCAGAGGGGUAGUGGACCUUUGUGACUUUUCUGUCAAUUAUUCAGGAGUAAGCUUGCUGGUUCAUGUUUCCUUAGUGCAGCUACAAGACAGCUAUCACAUAGCAAAACAAAGUCUGUGUCUCACAAGAACAGCAUUCAGCAUUCUAGCAAAGUGUUUAUGGCUAUUCUGAUCAUUUUCUCUGAUGGCAAGUCAACCAUAUUACAGUUGUUGGCAUUACAGGUUAUGAUAUCUUACAUUUUACAUAGUGUUUUUUUUCUAAGAGUAUGCAAAUAAUGCCUUUGGCGAAUGCAAAGCUACCUCACAUCUCUCAAAGCCUUGCUAAUCAGCAACACUGUUGUCAUGUGUUCAUGGAAAAGAACUUUGAUCCUCAGCAUUUACUGUGCAAACACCAGCAUCCUGGUCAUAUAGUCUUAUGAUUGUAAUUUGUGUAGUAUAUCAGCCAACUCCACCUCUUAAGUAAAUUACAUUGACCAUUCUCACUGAUUAUGUUUGCAAUAGCCAGGGUAUGGUAUCUAUUUUCAUAGUUAUAUAGACAUAUCACCCAUUAAAACAAGAUAUUCUGGUAUUAACACAGUCAUCACUCCAUUUGCAAUGUAAUUUGCAUGUCUUUUGUUUUGGUGGGUUGUACUUUUUUUCUGCACUGGAAAAAAUAAAAAUGAUAACAGUUUGAAAGUUUGUAUUGCAUAUAGGCAAUAGAAUAGUUCUUGGAGCAAAGUAGGGGGUUAGAUAAACCUCCAAAACCUUGGUCUGAUGAUGUGUUUUCAUAGCGAUCACCUGCACCAGGUGGAAUGAUACUGGUCCCCGCCCUUAGAGAACACAGGAUGCAAAUGCUCUUGUUGUACAUAUCAGGUUUUUAGUCACCCUGAGGGAGGAGAGAAGCUGACAGUGUGCUUCUGCUUGCAGAUACUAAACUACAACCUAAACUGGCUGGGAUACGCUUGGGAAGAGGCUUCAAAUAAAAUUCAAUGUCCAGCGGACCACCAUAGAUUUCACUACAGAGAUGCAAAUUGCAGAAUUGCUCGGAGUGCACUUUGACAUGCAGCUCCUGGGCAAACUGACUCUGUCUGUGGCCACCAUGCUAAUUGUUUCCUUAAUUUUUAGAUUCUACAAUUCCAGGGCACGAAACAGACGUCAGGGAAGUGAAAGAAUUCAACAAAAGGGUGCGCAAGCUACCCGAGGAAGCUACAGCGCCUGCAAUACUGGGCAAGAACCACAGAGUGAAUCGGCAAAGGUGUCUGACAGGGAAAAUCAUUUUCAACCAUCUCCAGAGAAAACCUUGCAAGAAACCCUUAAAGAUGUUGCAUUGGAAAGGGCUCACCCUGAAAUCAUACACAAUUGGGCAAAGGAGGAACCUUCAGGUACAAGCAACACAACUGAGGCUAUAAUUGAGGCAAAGAAUGUCAAACCGAGGUUAACUUUACAACUUCCUGAUCGAAACGAAAAAGGUCCUGAAAGUCCAAGUGGUCGGCGAUCCCCGUGCCUGGUCAAGAAGCUGGAAGCUGGUACGGGUGUUGGCAGGGAGUUGAGGCAGGACCUUGAUCACCAGGGUAUGUUCUCGAGUUUUCAGUCAAAAGCAGAAAUCAAAGUAGAGAAUGCUGACCUUAUCUUGGAUGGGCAAGGGACUUGUAGAACAGGCAUCCAUGGAAAGAUAUAUGAGUACUACAUAGAGUCCUCUUCUCAUUUCAUCUCAGAUUUAAGCCGCACCCGGUCUGUCAGUCCAGUCUAUUGUCAAAAUGAAACCAGCACUUUGUUUAAAUCACAAUCAUUGGACUCCCCCAAUUUCAAGGACCGUUCCCGAUCACCAAGUCCACAACCUUCUAGAUUCAUAAUGAGAGAUCUUGAAAUUACUCCACGUUUUACUAACGAGCCAACCUCAACUUUCAAACCGGAGACUGUGAGGUACCGCAGGCAAGUAGUCAUCCGCCAAGACAGCUAUCUUACUGCUGCCGUUGACUCAGAGCUUCCAAUCCCCUUACCCACAAAGAGGGCUUUAACACCUCGCAGCUGUUCUCCAGCACAACCCAGUGACAUCCCUUCAAGCCUGUUAGACUCUGAUAUAGCAAACCUGGAUGCGCCAGAGGAACCACAAGUCGAAACUGUCGCCGGAGCAAAAUUCUUACACUUUCCAGAGAACAUGGGGAAUGCAGAACUCGAGAGUCUAGCAGGAAAGCUUGAUUUAGGCAACUGCUUGGAGACUUUAACACUUGCUAAAAAACACGGUCACAUUGCCCUUCAGCAAGCUGCUCUCCGUGUCAUGUCUGAUAAUUACCUCCAGGUCCUCAGAGACCCAGGCCUCUUUGGCAGGCUGAAAGCAGGGGAGCGUGAUCACAUCCAAACACAACGCAUGAGAGGAAGGAAGUGGUUAGUGGUUGCAGAUAUGGAGUCCCCGGACUGGAGUAAAUGUCUGUCACAGUCUACAGAUUUAGAGUCUGAAUCAGUUAAGACAUCCAGCGGUAUGUAUUACUACGAUGAUUAUAAGGACGCAUGGCAUCUUCAUUCCCACAUUCCCCAGGAGGUGUUAUCUAAAGGUUGUGCCAUGUGCACCAUGGAUAAUUAUCUGUUUAUCGCUGUGGGUUUCCAAGGCCUGGGCCGUGAAGCGACCCCUUCAAAGAAAGUGUACUGUUACAAUCCAAUGACUUCAAUUUGGAGUGAAAUAAGCCCCAUGAAUGAGGCAAGGCCUCACUGCAAACUCGUGGCUCUGCAGGGCCAACUUUAUGCCAUUGGAGGGGAAUGCCUAUCAACAGUUGAGCGAUACGACCCCAGGACAAACCGAUGGACCUUUGUUGCACCCCUUCCUAAUGAGACGUUUGCCGUAGCUCACCGGGCCACAGCUUGCAAUGAUGAACUGUUUGUUGCAGGGGGCACAUUGAGGUACACCCUCUUGCGCUACAAUCCCAAAACCAACACAUGGCGAGAGAGCAUGAUUGUGGGUAGUAGGGACAAGACCGCAGAAAUUGUGGCUGUGAGAAACUUCUUGUACCGUUUCGACGUCAGUCCUCUGGGCAUCAGUGUGUAUCGUUUCCACGCGGUGGCCCGACUGUGGUACGAAUGCUCCUCGAUACGUCUCCCCCAUUGCACUGCCUUUCAAUGUGUGACUAUGGACAACAUUAUCUACUGCGUGAGCCGUCAAUUUACCUUGAGGUUUCUUGCAGAUGAGGUAUCUCCUAGCUUUGUUGCACAGGAUUUGAAAGUGCUAUCUCCGGCUAAAGGCAUUUUGUUUCCAAUCAUCCUUGUGCUGCCCGACAGGACCACUCAACAAACUCGUGUUUAAAUAAGGUCAGACCUUUCGAGUCGGAAGUUGUCUGGUAAGAGCAAACACUCAGGAUCAUAUUAUGCACAUGUUAGAGGAAUGUACUUAUUAGUGGCAAUUGAGAUGAAAUAUCAAGGCUAUUACAUUGAAUUAUUGUUCAGCUAGAAUUACACAGCACUUACUGAUAAAUAAAUCUGCUGUCGCAGUAAAGGCUAUUUGUUUGUUUUGGGCCUCAUGUCUAAAUCAACCUUUAAAUCCUGGAAAUGUCCUGUGCAAGUGCUUAAAAUGUUUCAGUAAAUAUACCGCUUUUGAAACACUGUGGCUAAUUUUAAACAAUCAAUACUGUGUGUAGAAUAAAGCCGAACUGCAAAUGCGGAGAUGGCAUCAUAAACAACAUGAAUGGCUGCCAUUACUACAAUUUAUGUAAGCUGGAUAAUUAUAUGCAUAGCUUUUUCUUUUUCUUUCUAUUUUCU